AUGAACUUUGGAAAACACAUCUUCUCCCUUGUCAUGGCUGGUCUCCUCGCCACCGGAGUGACAGCCAACACUUGUCCCGUUGAUUCUGCUCCUGCAGUAUCGUAUGGAUCAUACUCAGACAACCCUCAAUGUCAUUCCGGUGGAGACGUCAAUCCCUUUGGAUACAAUUAUGGUUGGAAGAUGGCCGGUUGCCAGCCUGGUUCUUUCCCUCUUACCCAAGUUGCUGCAGGUACUGGUAGUGAGAUCAAGGGUUCGUGUCCCACAGCUUCCGAUAUCGUUCUGCUUGUGGAUUGUGUUGGUAAUGCUGCCUAUAUUUCGUGGACCGGUAGUGGUGCCAACGGUGCGGUGUUGGACAUCAAGGUGAAGGGGGCCAAUGGGGGUAAUCUCUUUGACGGCACUGCCCCAUCCGCCAACGGUGGGAUCCUGUAUGGUGCACCUUCAAACAAUGGUGGAAAUUUUCCAGAAAUUAGUCACAUUGAAAUCUGUCUCAACUGUCCCGUCUGUCCGACAAACCCUCCGCCAACCGAUCCCAUCACAAACCCUCCGCCAACCGAUCCCAUCACAAACCCUCCCCCGACUGACCCAAUCACAAACCCUCCCCCAACUGGUGUCGAUGGGGAUCCUCACGUAAAGUCUUGGACUGGCGAACACUUCAUUUACAUGGGUGAAUGUGACCUCAAGCUUAUGUCGGUUCCAAAGUUUGAUGGUGAACAAGAUAUUGAUGUCCAUGCACGUACUACCAUCCGAUAUGAUUACAGUUACAUUGAGACUGCUGCUAUCAGGAUCGGCUCUGACACUCUUGAAGUGAGCAGCUGGGGAGAGUAUGCUUUGAAUGGGGUGGAUAAUGCCAUCUUUAACCAGCAGCCUGCCCUGAGAAAGGGAAAUAAGCUGAACACCUUGGGAGGCUAUGAAAUCUUCCACACUCAGAUGAGCAAGAAGAAGCAUGUGUUUGAUGUUAUCCUUGGACCCAAUGAAAACAUCACCAUCAGCAACAUGAAGGACAUUGUUGCUGUUAGGAUCAACCACAAGACCAAUGACCACUUCAUGAAUGUUGAAGGUUUGAUGGGUCACAUCAACGGAGGAAUGUUGGCUCGUGAUGGUGUCACUGACUUGCAUGAUGACAUCAAUGCCAUGGCACAAGAAUGGCAAAUCAGAGAUGAUGAGCCAAUGCUUUUCCGCUCGGUUCGAGAACCUCAAUACCCCGCCAAGUGCCGUCUUCCUGAUAUCCAGGAAAAGGAAUCUCGUCGUCUCAGUGAAGGUAUCACUGAAGAAGUUGCCAAGGCUGCCUGUGCUCAUUUGAAGGCUGAUGCCCAAGCCUUUGCUGACUGUGUUUAUGAUGUGACUGCCACCAAUGACCUCGACAUGGCCCAGGCUGGUGUCAUGUAA